UGAGCUUCUGGGAACCCACGAGGAAGCAGCCAAGACUGAGGGUCUGGUGAGCCACUCCAGGUCAGCUGGGGACCAGGGUGGUGGGCAGCCAGGCCAGCGCUGGCCCGUGCCUGAUCAGGAGGUGGGCUUUUGGGUCUCUGGGAUGCAGGCUCCCGGGGCAGGUUCGGCCUCGGUGGUCUCGCUCGUGCUGCUGUGGCUGCUGGGGCUGCCGUGGACCUGGAGCGCAGCGGCGGCGCUCGGCGUGUACGUGGGCGGCGGCGGCUGGCGUUUCCUGCGCAUCGUCUGCAAGACCGCAAGGCGGGACCUCUUCGGCCUCUUCGUGCUGAUCCGUGUACGUCUGGAGCUGCGGCGGCACCAGCGCGCCGGCCACACCAUCCCGCGGAUCUUCCAGGUGGUGGCGCGGCGGCAGCCGGAUCGCCUGGCACUGGUGGACGCGGGCAGUGAUGUGUGCUGGACCUUCGCGCAGCUGGACGCCUACUCCAAUGCUGUGGCCAACCUCUUCUGCCAGCUGGGCUUCACGCCAGGUGACGUGGUGGCCAUCUUCCUGGAGGGCCGGCCAGAGUUCGUGGGGCUCUGGCUGGGCCUGGCCAAGGUGGGUGUGGAAGCUGCUCUGCUCAACGUUAACCUACGGCGCGAGCCCCUGGCCUUCUGCCUGGGCACCUCGGGUGCCAAGGCCCUCAUCUUCGGAGGGGAGCUGGCGGCAGUGGUGGCCGAGGUGAGCGGACGGCUGGGGAAGAGCCUGCUCAAGUUCUGCUCUGGAGAAUUGGGGCCCGAGGGCAUCUUGCCGGACACCCAGCUCCUGGACCCGUUGCUGAGGGACGCCUCCACAGCCCCCCUGGCACAGCCCCCUGACAAGGGCAUGGAUGAUCGACUCUUCUAUAUCUACACUUCGGGGACCACAGGGCUGCCCAAGGCUGCCAUUGUAGUGCACAGCAGGUACUACCGCAUUGCAGCCUUCGGCCACCACGCCUACAGCAUGCAGGUGGCAGACGUGCUCUAUGACUGCCUGCCCCUGUAUCACUCGGCAGGUAACAUCAUGGGCGUGGGGCAGUGUCUCAUCUACGGGCUGACGGUGGUCCUCCGCAAGAAGUUCUCAGCCAGCCGCUUCUGGGAUGACUGCGUCAAGUACAACUGCACGGUGGUCCAGUACAUCGGGGAGAUCUGCCGCUACCUGCUGAAGCAGCCGGUGCGCGAGGCCGAGGGGCGGCACCGCGUGCGCCUGGCCGUGGGCAACGGGCUGCGGCCGGCCAUCUGGGAGGAGUUCACCGAGCGCUUCCGCGUGCGCCAGAUCGGCGAGUUCUACGGAGCCACCGAGUGCAACUGCAGCAUUGCCAACAUGGACGGCAAGGUCGGCUCCUGUGGCUUUAACAGCCGUAUCUUACCCCAUGUGUACCCCAUCCGGCUGGUGAAGGUCAAUGAGGACACCAUGGAACUACUUCGGGAUGCCCAGGGCCUCUGUAUCCCAUGUCAGGCCGGGGAGCCCGGCCUCCUUGUGGGCCAGAUCAACCAGCAGGACCCGCUGCGUCGCUUCGAUGGCUACAUCAGUGAGAGUGCCACCAGCAAGAAGAUUGCCCACAGUGUCUUCCGCAAGGGUGACAGUGCCUACCUCUCAGGUGAUGUGCUGGUGAUGGAUGAGCUGGGCUACAUGUACUUCCGGGACCGCGGCGGGGACACCUUCCGCUGGCGUGGGGAGAAUGUCUCCACUACAGAGGUGGAGAGCGUGCUGAGCCGCCUGCUGGGCCAGACAGACGUGGCUGUGUACGGGGUGUCUGUGCCAGGAGUGGAGGGCAAAGCAGGCAUGGCGGCCAUCGCGGACCCCCACGGCCAGCUGAGCCCCAAUGCGCUGUACCAAGAGCUGCAGAAGGUCCUGGCGCCCUAUGCCCGGCCCAUCUUCCUACGCCUCCUGCCCCAGGUGGACACCACAGGCACUUUCAAGAUCCAGAAGACUCGACUGCAGCACGAGGGCUUCGACCCACGCCAGACCUCAGACCGGCUCUUCUUCCUGGACCUGAAGCAGGGCCACUACCUGCCCCUGGACCAGGGUGUCUACACCCGCAUCUGCUCGGGUGCCUUUGCCCUCUGACGCUCCUCCUCCACCCGUUAGAGACUUCUAGGCAGGCCCUGCCGGCGAGGCAGGCUUGAGCCAGACAGCCCUGCCUGGGGAGGGGCUGGUCCAGAUGCACCGGGUGGGACCAUCCUGGUGCUGAGCAACUGGACCCCAGCAGGAGCCCAUGGCUCUGUUACCUUCACUCUCCUCCUCCCCGCUCUGGGCUCUCUUCUGCCUCAAUUCCUGCUCCUG